UUCGCGCAUGCGCGCUGAGCUUCUAGAGCUUUCUUCACGUGGGGCUCUGAAUUCUCUCCUUCACCACUCGCUUUUCCCUGCUCUUUCACACACAGACAGGACCUAGAGCUGCUACAGAUCAUCUGCAGACAUGGCGAGGGCUUUCCGUAAAUUUCUCCCCAUGUUCGACCGAGUGUUGGUGGAGCGGUUCUCAGCAGAGACCGUCACGAAAGGAGGCAUCAUGAUUCCAGAAAAAUCCCAAGGCAAAGUGCUGCAAGCUACAGUGGUGGCUGUGGGACCUGGAACCACUAACAAGGACUUCUACAACUGGCCUGAUGAGUCUUUUGAGGAGAUGGACAGCACUCUGGCAGUGCAACAGUAUAUUCAGCAGAACAUUCGCUCAGACUGCUCCAAUAUAGAGAAGAUCUUGGAACCUCCUGAAGGUCAGGAUGAAGGAGUGUGGAAGUAUGAGCAUCUCAGGCAAUUUUGUUUGGAACUCAACGGCUUGGCUGUAAAACUUCAGAGUGAGUGCCACCCAGACACGUGCACCCAGAUGACUGCCACUGAGCAGUGGAUCUUUCUGUGUGCUGCCCACAAGACUCCAAAAGAAUGUCCUGCCAUUGACUACACCAGGCACACUCUGGAUGGUGCAGCAUGCCUCCUCAACAGCAAUAAGUAUUUCCCUAGUCGCGUCAGCAUUAAGGAGUCCUCAGUGGCGAAGCUGGGCUCAGUUUGUCGUCGCAUCUACAGGAUCUUCUCCCAUGCUUAUUUUCACCACCGGCAAAUAUUCGACACGUACGAGAACGAGACGUUUUUGUGUCACCGCUUUACCCGCUUUGUAAUGAAGUACAGCCUGAUGUCAAAGGACAACCUGAUCGUGCCCAUCAUGGAGGAGGAGGAGAACCAGAGCGGCUCUGGCGGCGAGAGUGAAGCCUGACCUUCACAGUCUGAACAACUGGAAUUCAGAUACACAUACUUAAAGGCCUAUUUUUUUCCCCCUUGCUAUAACCUCUCCCAGAGCAGCUCCUUUGUACAUAUGUCCUACUCUUGCAUUCCAGCAUAAUAAUCUGACAAAAUGCAAGUCUCUCUCCUUUGCUUCUUUUAAUCCUAUAAGAACAAGUGUGGUGAUAUUCACCCUUUCUUUACUUGUUAAGUUAUUGUGUGGGUGGAGGUGUUUUAUCUAACUUUUUUUUAAAUGAACUUAAGUUAGAUAUUUUCUUUCAAUAGUAAUAAACACACCUCAUACCCAGAGCUGGCUCUGAGCCGUACUAUUCAGUGUACUAGCAAAUAGGUUUAGUAGCUUGUCAUGUUUGUGUAUAGAAAUGGAAAAACUAAUGUGAAUAAAAUGAUGAGCAAAAUGAGGGAAUAUCCGUUUUAAUAAAAUAUUAACUUCA